GGAUAAAUAGCUCUUGUUUAACUCAUCAGACUGUGACUUAUACCUUUUUUUGUUACAGCCUCCAAGAGUCCAAGACAUUAGGACCAGUCAUUCAAUUAAGACAUCACUAUGUCAAGCGCAUCAGAUCGCAUCCUUCGGGUUGGAAUCAUCGGCUGCGGAGAGAUCUCCCAAGUCGCACAUAUCCCCAACAUCAACUUUCUGUCCCAUAAGUUCCAAACAACUUAUCUCUGCGACAUCUCCAAACAGUCUCUCGCGCAUUGCUCCACCAAAGUCCAGGGCGGUACUCCCAAGACAACCACCAACCCUGAAGAACUCUGCUCCUCACCAGAUGUCGACGUGGUCCUAAUCGCCAAUGCCGAUGCAUACCACGUCGAACAUGGCAUUCUCGCUCUCAAGAAUCAUAAGUACUGUCUUAUCGAGAAGCCAGCGGCCACAUGUUUCCGAGACAUAGACAGACUUCUUGAAGCAGAGAAGGUUUCAAAUGGCAAAGUGUUUGUAGGGACGAUGCGACGCUACGCUACUGCUUUUAUCGAUGCUGUGGAAGAGAUUGGGGGCAUGGAAAAGAUUCACUAUGCGAGAGUGAGGGAUAUCAUUGGGCCUAACUCCACCUUUGUUGAGCAGAACGGCACGUUUCCUCAGAAAUUCAAUGACUUCACUGAGGCGGAUGGUCAGGAUAGAAACCGACGAGAGGCAGAUAUCUUUGAGCAAGCUCUUGUCAAGGAGUUUGGGGUGCCAAAUACACCUCAGUCCCAAAGAAUGCUGAGGGUUCUGGGAGCCCUUGGAACUCACGAUCUCUCAGCAAUGCGCGAGAUCCUCGGCAUGCCCAAGUCCGUGGCCGGUGCCGUCCUAACACUCCCCGGUAUCUUCAGCGUGCUAUUCCAAUACGAUGAUUUCCCUGUUACAUAUGAGUCAGGUCUCAGUGGUGUACCUCAAUUCGACGCACACAUCGAAGUUUAUUCUGUCAACAAGAUUGUACGAGUUAACUUUGACUCUCCUUACGUCAAAGGUCUGCCCGUGAUCAUGACGAUCCGGGAAAAGAUUGGAGAUGGAGGAUUCCAGGAGAGGACUAUCAGGAAGACGUAUGAGGAUCCGUAUACGUUAGAGAUGUUAGAUCUUUAUGAUUGCGUCGUUGGAGGCAAAGUGCCUAAGACUAGUGCGGCGGAUGCUAGGAAAGAUGUUGAGCUGUUCCAGAUGAUUUUGAGGGCUGGUGCUGAUAGGUAUAAGUCUUGAUCAGUGUUAUAGCUGGCAUGUAUAUAAGUCAACUGAGCAUUAUAAAAAGAGAACACUAUAUUUAUAGAGUGAGC